CGUAUAUCCAGUUUCACUGGCGACAGCGUAAGAACAUGAGCGUGGCUGUUCUUCAAACAACAUCGAGCACGUUGCAAAAUCGAAUAGAACACGUUCAGUAAAAUUCGAUAGCGAGUGAAUUUCAAUAGAAAUAGUCAAUUGCAUAUUGAUAACAUUGUGGAUAAAGAAGCACUGUAAAAUGUGGUGCUUGAAUAAAAUGUGUACGAGCGAAGCACGUCUAGAUGGCAAAACUGUUGUGAUAACAGGAGCGAGUGAUGGUAUCGGCAAGGAAACCGCUAGAGAUUUAUACGCAAGAGGCGCUAGAGUAAUACUAGCUUGUAGAGAUAUGGAGAAGACGAAUAAAGCAGUUGAAGAUAUAAAGAAUAAACCACCUUUGAGGAUCAAUAAGGACGAAUAUAAAAAGAACGCAGGUGAACUUGCAAUUUAUUUUCUGGAUCUAUGUAGUUUAAAGAGCGUGAGAGAUUGCGCUAAAAACUUGUUAACAAACGAAGCAGCUAUUCACGUAUUAAUAAAUAAUGCCGGUGUGGCUGCGUAUCCGUAUGAGAAGACGGAGAAUGGAAAUGAGACGACAUUUCAAGUCAACCAUCUUGGUCAUUUUCUUUUGACACUUCUGCUCUUGCCAAAAAUGCAGUUGUCUUCUCCCAGUUGCAGAAUAAUCAAUGUUUCGUCAAUUACAUAUAUUUUUGCUGACAUAGAUUUCGAUGAUAUUAAUUUGGAGAGAACUUACGCAUCAUUUAAAAGUUAUACACAAUCCAAAUUGGCGAACAUUCUGUUUACCAAGGAACUUGCUCGUCGAUUGAAAGGAGCAAAUAUUCACGGGAUAAAUGUAUAUUCUUUACAUCCUGGUUUUAUCUCGACCAGAGUGUCACGGUAUGCCAGCAGUACAAUAUUUCCGUGCGCAACUCUUUGUUAUAAUAUGUUUGCGCAAUUGAUGUAUAAAAAUGCUGAACAAGGAGCGCAAACAACAAUAUAUUGUGCGGUAGAUGAAGAAGUAGCUAAUGAGACCGGACUUUAUUAUUCAAAUUGUCGUGUUGCCACUACAUAUCGGAAGGCAAACAACCAUGAGUAUCCCGAAAAAUUAUGGAAUGUAUCCUGUCGUCUUUUGCAUUUGGAACCAGAAGAAGAUUUCACUACAUUUUUAGAAACUGUUUCGCGUCAAAUGCUUUAGAGAAUUUUCUCUAUUUUUACAGAAAUUAUUGCGGAAAUGUUUAAUAAUAAAUUUACGUUUCUUUUUAUCUUUAAUAAAUAAAAUAUUUAAUAAAAUUUCGGAUGAGAAGAAAGCGGAUGCAAAACCUUUCGAAUUGUCGACCGAACGAAUAACCGGAAUGCCUUAAAUCCCCGUCGCGGAAACUGCAGUUGACACCGCGCCUGAACUUGACUUAAUCGAAGCCCGAGGUAGAGCGAAAGAAUCCACCUGUGCAUUCGCUUUGAAUCAGGCUAAACUGUCACAUUAAUCUGUUCCAUUAACAUUUGCGAGUGAAUGUCAACUUUAUCGACCGAUUCAAACUGGUGAUUCGCGAAUUCGCCAGAAACACUCUUUUCGCGAGUGCACGAUGAACUUUCGAGAGGGCUAUAUUGCACGGACGAUAAAUCGUUGAUGUAUGCGCCACGGCGAUACGUUUCGUCGCGUAUAACGACGGCUGCAGGAAUUGCGCCACUCAUCUUGCGUGUCACGUUCAGAGUUGGCGCAUCGCGAUAGUCGGUGAGAAAAAAAAAUGGUAGGCGUGAUAAGAAACGCCGAUUCCGGUUUAAUUAUUUUUGUGUUUUAGAUAUAUCGUUUCUAUUUUAUUGUUAUCUUAUAACAAUAUUAAAAUAAAAUUAAUUGACAAGGAAGUUGAAUGUAGAAUAAGAGAGAUUUAAAUCAGAAGCCCUUAUUUUGACACAGUUAGAUAAAGUCUCAUAAAUGACGCUUUUAUCAUUUUUAUAUAAUAUAAAAUAUACAGUUAUAUAUAAGUAUGUAUACAGUAUAUAUAAGUAAUAUAUAAGUAUAUAUAUACAAUAAAAUAUAUAGUAUGUACGAAAUUGCAUUUACUCGUGUCAGUAAUAAAGAAAUUUCCUGUUU